UCCUUGCUGAGACCGCAUCGUGGGAAACGGUCGAAGGCAACAUUUAUUUUCCUUCCUCAGCAAUCAAGGAUGAUUCUCUGUUUGUCCCGACUGAUCUGUCUACGUUCUGUCCAUGGAAAGGACAUGCUUCGUACUAUUCCGUUGUAGUGGGAGAAAAACAUAUCCUAAUGCAGCGUGGUAUUAUGCCAAGCCAUACGACGCUGCCAUGAAUAUCAAGGAUCAUGUGGCUUUCUACACUAGUAAGGUCAAUGUGACGGUUGAAGACUAGCGGGUGAUCAUUAGCCAAUUUGAUAGUUGGCGCAACAGCUUGAAAUUAGUGCUGGUUUCAAGUGUACAGACCAUGAAUUAUGCCCUCUAUGAAUUGUAAUUUCUGUGUAUGACUUCGAAAUGUCUCAUGCGACAACGGACUCGAAAACGGGUCAUCGAAACAGAGCCGUCCAAGCAUCUAACAGUGACAAG